GACUAUGAACAAAUUCGCAGUGAUGUUGUCGUGGACGGUAUCGAUGGUGGACCUUUGCUUGCUGCUCGAUCAGCUACUAGCUUCCGGCUACUUUGGAUUUUCUUGUUCCAUCUAUGCCUACCUUGUCCUUCUACGCACGCAAACAGUCCGUGGCCUCGAGAUCAGCACAUGUUUAGCCGCGACGAGCCUAGUGGUAGUGAACGUGCAUCAACUAUCAAAGCUGUGGAUUACAAGAAUCUAAAUCGUCUUUGGCUUUCUGAAGAAGCCCGUGAGCAGAGUUUUAGGGAUCCCUUCGACUCACCUCCCAUUAUCCCACCGUAA